GGGUGCGCAGCCCACAGUUUGUUUGUUGAUGUGGUUCGGGAAGGGCAAGGUAGUGAUUAUGCUGUAUGCCCUGGAGGACAGGUUUGCAGACAAGGAACGUGCCCGUAAGGCUGCUGACAAGAUCGUACGCCUUGGACAGCAGCGUUACAGCGGCAGUCUGAAGGCCCUUUUCGCUGAAUUUGAGCAGCUCACCUCCACCCCUGGAUUGGUUAUGUCUGUUGAUGAUCUGCUGACUAACUUUUGCAGGGCUGCGCCUGAGAAGUUCUCAACCGCUUUGUAUAGCGUCGGGCACAAAGACUGGCACUCAUUUGGACGUGCAGCACUGCACAUGGAGGCCAAGCUCCAUGUUCAGGCCCCCUCCAGUGACAGGAGGAAAGGCGCCUUCCCUCGCGGUGGUAGAAAGGGAAAGGCGGCCUUUGCUUAUGCGGGUUCUGGAUCAUCAUCUGAUGCAGGAUCCCGGCCUGGUACACCGCCAGGUGGGACUGCAGCAGCUGCUGUUCCAGAUGUUGCAGCAGUUGUCCAGCAGCUGCAGGCUGCGCUGGGGGCCUUUCAAAAGGUCGGGUCUCCCUCCAGCACACCCUCCAGCAGCAAGGGGAAGAGCCAGGGACGUCGCUCUUCUACCCCUGCCCGGCCCCCUAAUGUGCCACGUGACGUCCGCUUUCCUGCAGACCCCCUCAACCCCAACACCCUUCCCUGGCAUGAUUUGAAGAUACGGGAAGGGGUGUGGAGGAAGAGGAAGGAAAAGGGGGUCUGCCUGAGGAUCAAAGGGCUAUUAGACUGUGGGGCCACUCGCAACUUCAUGUCUCCCAGUGCAGUCCAAAAACUGCAUCUGGGCAUGAAAGUGGUGCAGCUGCAGCAACCGCUGCAGGUCCGCAUAGGGGACUCCACUGUUCUGACCAUCAGGGAGAAGGUCAGGGGUAUCCCUGUUACCUUCGACAGUGCUGGAGAAGUCAGACAUAGUUUGAACUUCUACAUUUUCCCUGACCUACCCUUUGACCUUGUGUUCUCUAUGCAGUGGCUGAGAGCAGUCAACCCAAGGAUCGACUUGCAGAUCCCCAAGGUUGAACUGCCAAACAACAAGCGGGUAUAUCAGCCUUGUAUGCUUGCAGCUGAUUACCACCCUCAGACCUCUUGCUUCUGCUUGAGAGCGAGAGAGUUCUAUGCUCUCUCUCGCCAUUAUGAUCAUGAGCGUUUGUUUAUCGUUCUGGUCAAGCAGACAGACGCUCCCUCUACUCCCUGUCCUCCUGAGAUACAGCAGGUUGUAGACCAGUACGCUGAUCUGAUGCAGGAGCCCUUUGGGUUACCCAAACGGCCAACCAAGCAUCAUAUUGAGUUGCUGCCUGGAGCCGUCCCUCCCAAGGGCCGCAUCUACAGGAUGUCACCUGCUGAGCUCGAGGAGCUCAGGCGACAGCUUGAGACUCUGACCAGCAAAGGUUGGAUCAGGCCCAGCACUUCUAAAUUCGGUGCUCCAGUCCUCUUUGUUCCAAAGGGGAGUGGGGAAUUCAGAAUGUGCAUCGACUACAGGGGUCUCAACAAGAUCACUAGGAAGAGCACAGAGCCACUCCCUAGGAUCGAUGACCUUCUGGAUAUGGUCCAGGGUUGCACCAUUUUCAGCAAAGUCGACCUCAAGUCUGGGUAUCACCAGAUUGAGAUGGCAGAGGAGGACGUCCACAAGACGGCCUUCAAAACCAGGUAUGGUACUUAUGAGUACCUGGUGAUGCCAUUUGGACUCUGCAAUGCACCUGGUACAUUCCAGACUGAGAUGCACCGAAUAUUCAGGCCGUACCUGGAUAAGUUUAUGGUUGUCUACCUGGAUGAUAUCCUGGUAUUCAGCAAAACUAACAGGGAACAUGCGGAGCACCUGGCUCUAGUCCUUCAGUCGUUACGUGACAGCCAGUACAAGAUCAACAGGGAGAAAUCCUCUUUUGGAGUUCCCUUUGUUAUCUACCUGGGUCAUGUAAUCUCUGGAGAUGGUUUGGCCCCUGAAGCAGCCAAGGUUGCUGCUAUUCAGGAUUGGCCACAACCUCAGACAGUGAGAGAUGUCCGGUCAUUCUUGGGUCUGGCCUCCUACUACAGAAAGUUCGUCAGGAACUUUUCUGUUGUGGCUGCACCCCUGACCAACCUCACGAAGAAAGACACUCCCUUUCUUUGGUCCCUCCACUGUCAGAUGACCUUUGCACGACUCAAACAGGCCUUGACUCGUGCACCUGUUCUGAAGUUGCCUGACCCCACUCUGCCAUUUGUUCUCACCACUGACGCCAGUCAAUAUGGCAUUGGGGCAGUCCUUCAGCAGGAUGAUGGUAAUCGUCUAAGACCUGUAGAGUUUAUGAGUAAGAAGAUCAAAACUCAGAAGCUUCAAGACUCUACCUACGAGAAAGAGCUAGAUGCUCUUGAUCCGACUUAUGGACCCAUCGUCAGGAAUCUGCGAGCAGAUCCUAAUUCUGAGCUUGGCUAUGCCCUGAGUUCAGAACUGCUGUAUACUUACAGUAGAGGAGAGGAGCGCUUGUGCAUCCCUGAGGAUCAGCAGUUGAGGACACUGCUGAUGUCAGAGUGCCACGACGCGCGUGGACACUUUGGGUUCCUAAAGUCAUAUGCAGCCCUGUCGCAGCGCUUCUUCUGGAAGGAGAUGCGGAGUGGUAUGCUGCGCUAUGUGGACACCUGUGAGCUUUGCCAAAGGAACAAGGUUCAACGUAAACCUCCUUUGGGAUUGCUCAAACCUUUGCCCAUACUUGAUGGUCCUGCCCAGUCUGUGUCUAUUGAUUUCACAGACUUAGGCAAGACUACCCCUCGUGGCAUGCGUCAGGUCAUGGUCUGCGUGGACAGGUUCUCCAAAUACGCAGAGUUCAUCCCCUUGCCAGAGGUAGCCAGGGUACCGGCUGUGAGAGCAGCCUUUUCUACGAGGUGGGUCACCCACCAUGGACCGCCCACCUCUAUUGUGAGUGAUCGAGACCCCAGAUUCUGCAGCGAUGAGUGGCAGUUCUACUGCAAGGACUAUCUGCACUCACGCCUGGACAUGACUUAUGGUCGUCAUCCUGAAGCCAAUGGAUUGGCUGAAGUGAUGAACCACGUCCUGUUCCAGUUGCUACGUCCUAUGAUCUCCCCUGAUCAGCAGGACUGGGAUCUCCACUUGGCGAGGGCACAACUCAUGUAUAACAUGUUUGUCCACUCCUCGACAGGGUUCAGUCCCUACCGGUUACAUUGGGGACGUGAGCCACGACAGCCUCUCGAUGAUAUCAUCGACAAGGCUAAGCCUGACCUUAYCCCAGGCACUGCGGAGUUCGCCAGACGCUAUCGUCUGGAUGUGGAAAGAGCCCGGGCGAACUUGUUCAAGGCCCAAAAGGCCAUGAUUGAACAAGCUAACCGCCACAGGCGGCCUUCCCCCAUCCGUACUGGUGACUAUGUCUGGGUGGCCAGUUCUGAGUUGUCGAGGGAGGAGGAUAUUUCUCCCAAGCUGUUGCCACGCUACCUGGGUCCGUGGCAGGGUUGCACCAUUUUCAGCAAAGUCGACCUCAAGUCUGGGUAUCACCAGAUUGAGAUGGCAGAGGAGGACGUCCACAAGACGGCCUUCAAAACCAGGUAUGGUACUUAUGAGUACCUGGUGAUGCCAUUUGGACUCUGCAAUGCACCUGGUACAUUCCAGACUGAGAUGCACCGAAUAUUCAGGCCGUACCUGGAUAAGUUUAUGGUUGUCUACCUGGAUGAUAUCCUGGUAUUCAGCAAAACUAACAGGGAACAUGCGGAGCACCUGGCUCUAGUCCUUCAGUCGUUACGUGACAGCCAGUACAAGAUCAACAGGGAGAAAUCCUCUUUUGGAGUUCCCUUUGUUAUCUACCUGGGUCAUGUAAUCUCUGGAGAUGGUUUGGCCCCUGAAGCAGCCAAGGUUGCUGCUAUUCAGGAUUGGCCACAACCUCAGACAGUGAGAGAUGUCCGGUCAUUCUUGGGUCUGGCCUCCUACUACAGAAAGUUCGUCAGGAACUUUUCUGUUGUGGCUGCACCCCUGACCAACCUCACGAAGAAAGACACUCCCUUUCUUUGGUCCCUCCACUGUCAGAUGACCUUUGCACGACUCAAACAGGCCUUGACUCGUGCACCUGUUCUGAAGUUGCCUGACCCCACUCUGCCAUUUGUUCUCACCACUGACGCCAGUCAAUAUGGCAUUGGGGCAGUCCUUCAGCAGGAUGAUGGUAAUCGUCUAAGACCUGUAGAGUUUAUGAGUAAGAAGAUCAAAACUCAGAAGCUUCAAGACUCUACCUACGAGAAAGAGCUAGAUGCUCUUGAUCCGACUUAUGGACCCAUCGUCAGGAAUCUGCGAGCAGAUCCUAAUUCUGAGCUUGGCUAUGCCCUGAGUUCAGAACUGCUGUAUACUUACAGUAGAGGAGAGGAGCGCUUGUGCAUCCCUGAGGAUCAGCAGUUGAGGACACUGCUGAUGUCAGAGUGCCACGACGCGCGUGGACACUUUGGGUUCCUAAAGUCAUAUGCAGCCCUGUCGCAGCGCUUCUUCUGGAAGGAGAUGCGGAGUGGUAUGCUGCGCUAUGUGGACACCUGUGAGCUUUGCCAAAGGAACAAGGUUCAACGUAAACCUCCUUUGGGAUUGCUCAAACCUUUGCCCAUACUUGAUGGUCCUGCCCAGUCUGUGUCUAUUGAUUUCACAGACUUAGGCAAGACUACCCCUCGUGGCAUGCGUCAGGUCAUGGUCUGCGUGGACAGGUUCUCCAAAUACGCAGAGUUCAUCCCCUUGCCAGAGGUAGCCAGGGUACCGGCUGUGAGAGCAGCCUUUUCUACGAGGUGGGUCACCCACCAUGGACCGCCCACCUCUAUUGUGAGUGAUCGAGACCCCAGAUUCUGCAGCGAUGAGUGGCAGUUCUACUGCAAGGACUAUCUGCACUCACGCCUGGACAUGACUUAUGGUCGUCAUCCUGAAGCCAAUGGAUUGGCUGAAGUGAUGAACCACGUCCUGUUCCAGUUGCUACGUCCUAUGAUCUCCCCUGAUCAGCAGGACUGGGAUCUCCACUUGGCGAGGGCACAACUCAUGUAUAACAUGUUUGUCCACUCCUCGACAGGGUUCAGUCCCUACCGGUUACAUUGGGGACGUGAGCCACGACAGCCUCUCGAUGAUAUCAUCGACAAGGCUAAGCCUGACCUUACCCCAGGCACUGCGGAGUUCGCCAGACGCUAUCGUCUGGAUGUGGAAAGAGCCCGGGCGAACUUGUUCAAGGCCCAAAAGGCCAUGAUUGAACAAGCUAACCGCCACAGGCGGCCUUCCCCCAUCCGUACUGGUGACUAUGUCUGGGUGGCCAGUUCUGAGUUGUCGAGGGAGGAGGAUAUUUCUCCCAAGCUGUUGCCACGCUACCUGGGUCCGUGGCAGCGCUGUAUGAACGAUUUGUUCAGGCGGUGGUUAGAUAGAUUUGUUAUAGUGUACCUAGAUGACAUUCUAGUGUUUAGUAAGACCCUCGACGAGCAUCAGGGUCAUCUCAGGCAGGUCUUGGAAAAGCUGAGGGAAACUAACUUCAAGAUCAACGCAAAGAAGUGCGAUUGGGCGAAGACCCAAGUUUUGUAUCGAGGCCACGUCUUAGACGGAGACGGCGUUAAGCCAGAAGAUGGCAAGAUCGCAGCGAUUAGAGAUUGGCCCACGCCACGUACGCUGACAGAGCCGCGCUCGUUCCUGGGCUUAGCAAAUUACUACAGGAAGUUCGUGAGGAACUUCUCCACCAUCGCUGCGCCCCUUCGCAGAUUGCUAAGAAAAGAAACAAUCUGGAAGUGGGACAAGGACUGCACGUCUGCCAUGAAGAAGCUAAAGCAGGCGUUGAUAGAUUACCCGGUCCUUAAGGUCGCCGAUCCGUCAUUGCCUUUUGUCGUUACUACGGAUGCUAGCCAGUACGGCAUAGGCGCAGUGUUACAGCAAGACGAUGGCAAUGGGUAUAGACCCGAGCACUUUGAUCAAGUACAAUCGAAGAAGGACGAGAAAGCUCGUCGGAAGGCCGAGAAGGAACGGGUGAAAGAGGAGGAGAGAGUAAGGAGAGAAGAAGAAAAAGCCAGAUUGGCUCAGGAGGAGUUACGGAGGGAAGCGAAGAAACGGAAAAAGGAAAAGAAGGCGAAGCAUGUUGUCGCCCUAAAAGCCAAGAUGAAGAAGGAUGUUACCUUACAUGCAGCUAUGUUGAUGAGGGAGAUCAAGGAUGGUUGGAUUCAGCAAUGGAAGACCUCAGUCCUUCCGUUAAAGGCGGGAGGCGGACGAGACGUUAAAGGGAAGAAGCAAGUAAAACAGGAGCCGGAGGACGAGAGUGAGACAGAUUACAGCAGCGAAGGGAGCGAGACCAGCGUGACACAAGAACUGAGCGAGAAGACCGGACGUUUAUGCAUUACCGAGAAGAGGAAGAGAGUAGAGGACGUGCCGAUCGAAGACAGCCCCCCAAUGGAGGCACCACCAAAACGAACUCCGAUACGUGGUGGUAUCAGACUGGAUGUACAGAGUCAUCGCGUGACCAGAGCGCGAACAAAAGGUGCACGUACUCCUAUUCGAGCGAAGAAGCGUAUGCCAAUCAAGACUCCUAUGUCGAAGCUUACGAAGAAUCGAAAGCAGACUCCACCACGUGGAAGGUUGACUUCAGCUGAUCCCGAUCCCGGUGCCGAUUCAAUGGCCUCCGCCGGCGCUUCCAAGGGGUCCUCGUCGGUAUUACCAUCGAACGACACUCUGUCGGUCGUCGACAAGACUCUGAUCACGGACCGGUCAUUGCUGAUCCAGUCGCGGAAGAAGGCGGGCGAAGCGUACAGAGGCGCGUGGGGCCUCCAGCUCUCGAUCGACGGGCGGUAUCUCUUCGCCAGCGAGAUCUCUCCCAACGUCUCAAUCAUCCUCCGCAUCCCCCUGCUGAUCGACUCUUCCUCUCCGAGCCGCGAUCGGGAUGGGGACCGCGACCAGCCCUUCGUCCUGGCAAGUUCUUCUUCUUCUUCUUCUUCUUCUUCUUCUUCUUCUUCUUCUUCUUCCUCUUCUUCCUCGUCGUCGGCAGACCCCUCCGGCAUUGGGAUCGCUGAGGCCAGCAGCACCGGCAUCAAUACCAGCACCAGCACCAGCAGCGGCGGCGGUCCCGGCAGUGACGACCCUCCUCCGCCUCCUCCUUCUUCAGCUCGUUUGCGAUUUCCUAUGGGAAUGGCUUUGUCCGGCGACGGAUUGGCCUUGUUUGUGGCGGACUGGGGGAGCAACAUGACACGUGUCGUGAGCACAGUGGAUGGAUCCACGUCAGCUUUCGUGGAGAAUGUGCCUUAUCCGAACGGCGUGGUACUGGACGAAGCCAGGGGGGUGCUGUACGUGUCCACGUGGCAGCAGAUCGUGGCCGUAGAUCUUUCCAGCAAGGCAAUCAGACUCGUCGCCGGGUCUCCGAUCGGUCGAGCCGGUGUUGAUGACGGGAUCGGGACUGGCGUUGAUGACGGGACCGGGUUCGUCGAUGCCGAUCGCGGCGACUUGGCGCGCUUCCGCACUCCUGUUAUCGGUCCCGCUCCGUCUUGUGCACCAAGAGGAGGAGGAGGAGGAGGAGGAGGAGAGGGGAGCUCGUCCUCUUUGCUUUAUGUAGCUGAUUGGUUCAAUCAUUGCAUCCGGCGACUAAACGUAUCAACGGGUGCGACGUUGACGUUGAUUGGCGGGGGGGUUCGAGUGGGGGGAGCGAGAGAGAGAGAGGGGGGGGGGCAAAACGAGGUCCCGACGACGAUGACGGCGCGCUUUACGGAGCCGACACGUGUCGCGCUCUCGUCCGACGAGCGCAAUCUCUUCGUGACCGAGUUCGGCGGUCGCCGACUGCGCCGGGUGGUGCUGGACUCGCCGGGGGGCGCGGUCGUCCAGGUGACCACGCUGGCGACCGAUCAGUACGGGCUAAUUAGCCUGGCGAUCACGGCGGACGACCGGUCGCUCUUCGUUGCGAACACCAACGGGGAGAUCUACAAGCUGUCGUUGAAUACCACUCAUCUUGCCACCACCGGCAUUUCCAUGGAUGGCAGCCAGGCGGCAGCGGCGGCUAAUGGGAGGAGGGUGGCGGAAGCGGGUGCGAGUGAAGAGGACUGCAGGAAGGCGGGAGGUGGUGCAAUCUGGCAGAGAAACAGCGCGGGCUUCUUGGUGAUCGCUGCGUUGAUUGGGUUGCUGGCCGGGAUCGGGGUGCUUGCAAUGGCAGGGUGCGUCUGGAUAGGCUGCUACGUGAGGAAGCGAUGGCGGAAUAAGGUGGAGGAGGACGAAGAGGAGGAGGAGAGGAGGAGAGAGAGAGAGCUUCGAAGGCUGGAUGGGGGGAGGGAGGGGGAGGGAGGGGGCGACGAGGAGGAGCCAUGGGUGGGGGGGGAGGGAAGGAGAAUCAUUAUGGACAACCACUACUACGGUGCUGGCCCUGCUGCUGCUGCUGCGCGCCACGUGGGAGGCAUGGCCGUCGCCACUGACGUGGGAAUUCCCGGUGUUAAUGGGUUUGGUGCGCAUCAUGGAGGAUCUGCACCCCCCCGUCGAUCUCGACUGACCCCGUCGUCCGAAGUGACACGACAACGAACAGCACUAGCAGCAGCAGCAGGAGGAGGAGGAGGAGGAGGAGGAGGAAGAGGAGGAGGGGGAGGAGGGGGAGAAGAGGAAGGAGGACGAGGAGGGGGAGAAGAGGAAGGAGGAGGAGGAGGAGAGACCACCUCUUCCUCCCUUCGCUGUGAAGUGCUAAGAGACUCACCCAACAACUCCUCCUCAGCGAUGGUGUCGAUGGCUGUAAGAACCGCCGUGCCUGACGCAGCUGGGGUUAUAUCGGAUCUCUCGUUGACUAGGCAGAAGGAGAAGGCUGUGUCCUGUUUCAACAGGAGGUCGGUGGCCGUGUUGAUGGGGAGGGAGGUGGUUUCGUGCUGUGAGGGUUCUGGUGGUAAAAAGGGAGAAGUGGGAGAGGAGCGGUCUGGACCUCCUCCUCCCUCUCACAAAGGCCGUCGGUAUGCUCCUAGUAGCCUCCAUGUCAGCGCGCACGCGAUCGGGAAGAAGAGGGCGGAGUGGAAGAUGGUCGAAGAUGGGGGAGAAAGGGGAGGGAGGAGGAUUGGCAGGUCUCUGCUCUCCUACCCUGUACGGACAUCUUCUGCUAUCCCGACUCAAAUCGGAUAUGAACACAGCCAGGUAUCUCAAGGUAAUCACCUUGGUGCGGAAGUUUAUUCUCCUGUACGGACAUCUUCUGCUAUCCCGGCUUGUUAUCAAGAACCUGCUGACGAGAAUCGCCGGUGGUUGAGCCUGACAGCAGGAGUAGGAGGAGGAGGAGAGAGAGGUGGAUCUUGUGGAUGGCAAGCGCAUUGCAGGGAGGAGAAGACGAUAGGGAGGAGGAGGGACGCGAAGCGGGGGCAGGGAAGCCAUGGCGAUGAGUUGUAUGGUCGGGAUCCCGUCCAUGUCAAAGGAGAUUCAGACACACUGCGGGGCGUUGCGCUGCACGAAACUAUGGCAGAAGGUAGACGGCGGCAUGAUGAACACGUGUCAGGGGAGGAGGAGGAGGAGGAGGAGGAGGAGAAACAGAGGUGGUGGAGAGGGAGAGUAUCGUUUACAACUCAGGAGUACUAUGGCCUCUCGCUAGGAGAUUCACCAGCAGCAGGAGGAGGAGGAGGAGGAGGAGGAGGGGGAGGAGGAGGAGGAGGAGGAGGAGGGCAAACUGCUGGGCAAACUGCUGUUAGUCCUCGCCCUUCCCUAGCGGUACCGGUUAGCAGAGGCAUUGCCGGUCUUCGUCCGCACCGUCGUUAUCCUCCUCCUUCCAGAAGGAUGCAGCAGCUCAUAGGAGAUUGCCCUACUGAAGAAGAAGAGGAGGAUGAGGAGGGGCAAGAGGGGGAGGAGGAGGGAGUGGGGGAUCAUCACGAUAUCGAGACAACGAAGAAGAGGGAGGAGAGGGGAGGAACGAGGCGGGGAAAGGAGAAAGAGGAGCCCGUGCGCAGGAGAAAGAUGUCGUGGGGGGAAUUGGGCACGCAAGAGGAGGAGGAGGAAGAUGAGGAAGAGGGAGAUGAAGAAGAAGAGAAAGGCGUGGAUGGUGGAGGAGGAGAAGAAGAAGAGAUGGGUGAAGACAUCUCCGUCGAGUUUGGUGACGACGAGCGCAUACCUGUGGCACUCCCAUUGACCUCAUCCAGCCGCAACAGCCGGAGGGCCCAAUCCCGACCCCGACCCCGGUGCGGAGAACUCGUCUCUCUUCCCCGACCUCGCGGAUGCCAGUCAUCGACGUCGGGGUCGGGAUCGGGGGAGGGAGAGUGCGGCGGUACAAGCGCCCGCCGCCACCGGGCUACGAUGACCAUGGUAAUGAGGCACGGGCGGCGUGCUGCUGCUGCCGGGAGGUUGCCCGGUGAGGAGGAGUAUGAUGAACCCCAACAGCGGCGCCGCCGCCCAACGAUGAUGCGCCGGACCUCGCAGGUGGUGACCAGGGAAUGCUCACCUGCUCAUCGUCCCUCAGCAGCCAACGUCAUUGUUGAUGCGCAGAGCGAAGACGGUCCUUCAAUGCCGCGUUCCGGAGUCGUUGCCCCCACCCCUCCUUGUGCGACAGCAGGGGGUCUUCUUCCCCCUCACAUCUCCUGCAUGGUGGAGGACUCGAAUGCGGUCCUGCGAGAGACACAGGUCGUCGACUGGGAUCUGGACGUCAACAACUGGGAUCUAGAAGCCAGCGACUGGGCUCAGGGUACCAGUGCGCUGGGACCGGCCGAGAAGAGGACCAGUUACCCCAGCAGAAUCGCCAGCCGGAGGAGGAGAAAGGGAGGGGAUGGUGGCAUUGCUCGGCAUCCUGUCUUCUCCUCCCCAUCUUCGACCUUCUCCUUGCUGGUCAACGGCAACGAAGGGGACAAUCGACGUCGCACACUUGGGGGACUAACCAUUCCUGUUGUCACGCGUGACGGCGGCGAGCGGCCGACAGGCACAUUCGGCGGCACCUCCAUGUCCGGGAAAGAGGAGAGAGACAUGGUGGUGACCACCACGAUGGCUGCUGCACUGGAUCUACCAUCCUCUUCUCAUCCGACAGCAGCAGCUCACAUGUCGCAGUCCACUUCCUCUUUCUUCUCCUUUCCCUCUUUGCUGCCUGAGCAAGAAUCUCCUCCAGACUUUGAUGAUCAAGAUCAAGAUCAGGAUCAGGGCCCCACACCCACUCUUUCUGUCGACACACAAAUGGGACAGGGAGAGGGGGAGAGAGAGAGUCUGUGUGAGAGAGCCUCUGUCCCUUCAGCGGUGAUGGAGGGGCUUGAUGCUGUGAAGGAAACACACACCGUCAGAUACGCGUCAGCUGACUGUACAUCGGCUAGCAAUGCACUGUCGGUGGCUGAGGGUCAACGGAGGGGAAGGGCAAGUGAACGCAGUGGCUUUGCAGCUGCUUCUCCUCCCUCGGCAGACCUGCUUGCGCCCAAACAGCAAGGCAACCAGAUUGGCAGCAGGCUGCAUGAGGAUGGUGAAGUGAUGGUCAGCGCUGAUCAGUGGCAUCGUCAUCGGGCAAGGAAAACAGUGGGACUGGAUAAUACUGACGUGUUGGUUGUGCAUCGGGACACACAGUCAAACAACGAGACGAUGGCAUACAGAGCAGCGGAGGGAGUGGGAGAGAAAGAGAGAGAAGAGAUUGCCGAAAAGACAGAGGAGGAGGAGGAGGAGCAGCAUCAGGAGGAGGAGGGGGAGGAGGAGCAGCAGCAGGAGGAGGAGGAAGAGGGCAGAGGAGGACAGAACUUGUUGGGGAGGGACAAAGGGAGCAUUUCUUCGUCGUCAUCGUCCUCCUCGUACCAUUUUGACACACCGCACACGGUGAGAGAGUUUAUUCCAUCUGUGGUUGGGAGGGGGGAGCAAAAUUUGGGAAGUUCGGAGAGAGUGGCAGUGCGGAAGGAGGAGGAGGAGGAGGAAGAGGAAGGCGAUGGCCCCGUCUUCUCUUUCUCCUCGAACUUGACCCCGGACCCUCUUGCUGCCGGCGGCGCGUUUGUAGUCCACCCCUUUCGAAAUUCUAUCAGCGGCCCUUGCAGCCACAGCUGCGAUGGAUACUUGUUUCCUAUCCGAGUGUUCUCGGUCGAUGAGCUGGCAAGAGCUACAUCAAAUUUUGCCACGUCGCACGCAAUUGGUAAAGCGGCAAGUGGGAAGCAGUUUAAGGUUAGCGUUUUCAAGGGCACAUUGGGAAUGGAGACACACAAACAAGUGGUAGCGAUAAAGCAGGUCCUGGGAAGGUUCUCUGAGUUCAAGUAUCGGCAGUUCCUGGCAGCUAUGGCUAUGCAGAGUAAGCUCCAUCACUUCAACCUCUGCAGAAUAAUUGGCUAUGGUGUCAGCCGCGAAGAGUCCAAAUGGCAUAUCAUAUACCCCUUCGUCGAGGGUGGAAAUCUGUUUGACAAGCUGCAUCGACGUCAUGAUCGUCAGGAUCUCAUUACACCCACCUUCUCCUCCCACUCCCACUCCAACUCCCACUCCCACUCCCACUCCCACUCCCACUCCCACUCCUCCUCCUCCUCCUCCUGUGGCUAUGUGUGCCAUAUAAAUGCAGCUGCACAUAACAUUGACAAAUGCAGCCGUUUGUUGCCUUCUGAGGAGAAUGGAGAGGAGGAGGAGGAGGAGGAGGAUAACGGGAGGAGGCGAGGUGUGCAAGAAGAGAAUACCUCGAAUAGCUCUGGGCUCUUGUCUCUGAUCAACGCCCAGCAUGGCCGCAAUGACGAGUAUGCACACAGCACCAUCUCUUUUUGUCGCCACUCUCCUCGUUCGUGUUCAUCAUCCUCAGUCCGACAUCCAGCAGCAGCACCAGCAGCAGCGGGAAGACAAGGAAGAGAAUGCAGGGACGGCGGUCCUCCUUCUCCUCGCGCUUCUCACGCAAGAUUGGGCUCAUCUUCAGCACAAGGUCAAGAGGAAGCAGGACAAUCCGCAAGAGGACGAGGAGCCAGGCAUGUCCUUCCUCCACCUCCUCCGCCUCCCCCUCCCCCUCCCCCUCUUCCCACUCUCCGCGGACCUUUUUCAUUGAUUUCUGCACGAGUUCCAGCGGCAGCAGCAGAGGCUGCUCGAGGGUGUAGAGGUGGCGGCAGGGCUCCUCCUCCUCCUCCUCCUCUUCCCUCUCUCCGUCGUCCUUGUUCUUCAGCUUGGGCACAAAUGCCAGCAGCAGGACGAGUAGCAGGAGAAGGAGGAAGAGGAAGAGGAGAUGGCGAAGACUUUCCUCCUCCCCUUCGUCAUCCUUACUCUGUGGCUUUCACACAUCGUCCAGCAGCAGAAGCAGAAGCUGAGGGAUGCACUCGCCCUUGUCCUCCUCUUCGUCGUGCUUCAUAUCCACCAGCAAAAGAUGCUCACAAAACAACUGCUGGAGCAGGAGGAAGAGUAAGGCAGGGUGAAGUUCUCCAAUGUCCUUCUCAGUCUCAGUCUGUAUUUGCUCAUGCGGUAGCAGCAGCAGGAAGAGGAGGGGACCUUCUUUCCUCUCCUGCUCAUUCUUCCGCAUCAAGCCAAGUUGUCUGCCAAGGAGCAACAACAGCAGCAGCAGCAGGAGGAGGAGGAGGAGGAGGAGGAGACGAAGUUCUCGAUUGGCCGACCCGUCUGCUUAUCAGCUUGCAAGUGGCCAAGGGAUUGCGAUAUCUGCACAUGGAGAUGCAUCCUCCGGUGAUUCACACAAAUCUGAAGAGCAAGAACAUCCUUAUCAGCCAAGUCUCUGGACGGUUGUGGGCUAUGCUGACAGACUCAGGCCUGACAAAACUUGUCAGCUUCUUGACAGAGGGAUGGGAGAGUGAGGUGGAGACCUCCUACCUCAAGGAGAACUCUGGUUACGUGGCACCCGAAUACUUGACCAGCGGGCAGAAAACGACACGCGGUGAUGUGUACGCCUUCGGCGUUAUCCUUUUGGAACUGCUUACCGGCAAGGAGGCGGCAUUCACGGUAAGUUGUCCGUCGUCUUCCUCAGCUUCUUCUGUUUCUUCUUGCUGCUUGUCCUCCUCUUCAUCUUCCUCCUCUCUCAGUGAGAAUGGCGUGAACGCUCCGCGAGGUGCACAUGAUGAAGGGGGGUAUGCAGAAGAGAGCCGGGAAGGAAGGGUGGGAGAAGGAAGUGGUAAGAAGAGAAGGCAGAAAGGACGAGAAAGGCAGCAAGUGACUGUCACGUUGCUUCAGUGGAUCGGCCCUUACUUGGUCGAGGCGUUUUCCAGCGAGCGAUUCUCGCGCAACAGGCUUAUGAUGGAAGAGCAUAAGCCAAAGGAUGUGCAGGAUGAUGACGACGACGACAACGAAGACGAAGACGAAGAGGGAAAACAUCAGCAGCAGAAGCAGAAGCAGGAGGAGGACGAGGAGGAGGAGACUGCGGUCCAUUGUGCGCUCAGAGAGGUGAUAGACCCCGACCUGAUGCGAAUGAUCGGUCACGGCAACCACUCUGACGCCACGUGGACGUCGAUCAGCAAUGUGAGUUUUGAGGCGCUCUACAUGCGCACGGCGUCUCCCAUGCGUGGGUGAUGUCGAGAGUUCUGGUGACAAGGGUAGACUCGUCCAGCUGCGGAGGUUUCAUUAUUUCUUCCUGUUUUUUUCAAGUACAGACAGGGAGAUUGCGGGGGCGGGGACAACAGGAAGAUAGAGGUGAUCGUUCUCUGCCUCAGAGCCCUAGGAGAGGUGGACCAUCAAAACAGAAGGUGCAAAAUGAAUUUUCCCAAAUUUU